GACGUAGACGCGCAGAUCACUCCCGAGGAGAUCAGCGUAGGGGCGCAGCAGAUCUACCGUGCAUUGGCGGGGAAAUACCAGGACGUGAACGGUAAGAAGCAGAAAGUCAUGGGAGACAUGACGAAAGUUCGCUACGUCCCCGGACUCGGCAGAGCUGCCCACAAGUUGCUCGCGAACAUCGAGCACAC